AUGCCCACUGUGGCUAGUGUAUUAGCCGAGCAGAAAGCGGCAUCAAAGCAGAAGCCUACGCACGAAAAUGGUGGCAAUUCUCCUACGAAAACAACCAAAGUAAAUAAUUCUCAGAAAAGUCAGCAGCCAAUUCAAAAACCCAAUGGAGAAGCUAAGGCUAUUCAAAAAGUGGAUACUUCAACGCCUAGACCUACUACAAAAGUUGAGUUUCCAACGUCUCCCCCUUCGAGGUCCAAAGAUCUUCCACAAAAAAGUGCAGACGUAUUACCUAAAAAUCAGCCAUUACCAUCAGUGGUGGGCUCUUCUAACAAGAAGCAACCCAGACCGAAUGUGCAAGAAAAUGGCACUUUUGGUUCAGGAAAGAUGGCACAGGGCAAUAAUUCUGUACCUAAGCCAAAGCCCAUCGUUUCUGCAUCUCCUUCAGCAUCGGAGAACCCUCGACCCGUUCAACCAGUACUUCCACAAGUGCUCAAUCCAGUUGCUGAGGUGCGAACGGUGCCGACAGCGUCGCCUGCGACGGAGACUACUCCCAAGUCAUCAAAUUCGAUCCCAAAUGGAGAAGCUACCUUAACGGCGAGCUCAUCGAAUUCGGCAGUGAAAGAAUCGACAGCAGCCGUCUCAGAGCCAGUUGUUAAGGUGAAAUUUCAAUUAUUCCUCUUAUUUUUUCUUACUUUCUAA